GGGAGUGGCGAGAGGAGGAGAGCGAGCGAGAGAGUCAGAGAGAGAGCGAGAGACGAGGAGACGGAGCGAGAGUCUGGAGUCGAUCCGCGGGGAUCUCGGUUCCCAGGAUCCCGAGGCCAGGGUACCUAACAGUGAUCAUCAUUGUGCCCGGCUGAAUUCCUGUCAAUGAUCAGCAUCGACUACUGCCUUCGUCCACCUCGUCAGCUGUAGUCUUCGUCAGUCACCGACCACCACCACCACGACCACCACCACCACCACGUCGUCAGAAGACCUCAUCACCUCUCACCGACCUCGUCUUUGUCGACAUCGUCGGCGGACGUCGUCAAUUGUCGGUCUCCACCUCAUCGCCAUCAUCAUCAGCGUCGUCAUCAUCGUCGUCAUCAGGAGUCAUUGUUUUCAUCGUCAUCCUCAGCGGACCUCAUUGCUCAUCGAUGUCGCUAAUCGUCGCCAUCACAAUCGACGGUUAAUCUUUGAUCGUUAUCAAGCGUCAGCUGACACCGCUACUCAUCGAUCAUCGUCUCUGUCAGCGAUUUCAAUCAAUCAUCAAUCAUCGUCGUCAAUCACCAACCAUCGACCAAUCAACCGCCAACCAUCGACCAAUCAAGGGCCAACCAUCGACCAAUCAACCGCCAACCAUCGACCAAUCAACCGCCAACCAUCGACCAAUCAACCGCCAACCAUCAACCAAUCAACCGCCAACCAUAGACUAAUCAACCGCCAACCAUCGACCAAUCAACCGCCAACCAUCGACCAAUCAACCGCCAACCAUCGACCAAUCAACCGCCAACCAUAGACUAAUCAACCGCCAACCAUCGACCAAUCAACCACCGACCAUCGACCACCGACCACCGUCCCUGCUGCCGAGCCAUGGAGCUGAGGCGCGGACCCCGCUCGCCCCUGGGUGCCGCACCCCGUGGUGCUCACGGGGGACCAAGGCGGCGGAGGGGUGGACCCGGGAGUCGGGGUGGUGGGGGUAGGGUUUGUGGGGGGGCCCUCGCACCCCCACGCUCUCCCUGCCGCCGCCGCUGUUUCUUCUCACUGCUUCGUGGACGCGGCUCAGCUGCGGGGCUCCGAGGAGGCGGGUGACGCGUUCCUGGGGGGCGCGGAGCAGCGCCGCACCCCCGUCGGGGGGCUCCUCUUCCCCGCGGCGGCGGGGCAUGGAGGUUACCGCACCCCCACGCACGUCCGCCAGGUGUGCCGGCCCCAGGUGCUGCAUGGGGCCGCGCUGUCCACGUGGCUACAGGAGAAUGGACGCGGCCUCUCCCCUCACAACGCGUGGAGCGCCGCGCACGGAGCCUUCGCGAAGCCCGGAGGCCUCAUUAACCACACGAGCAGCAGCACAUCAGCAGCGGCAUCAGCAGCAGCAGCAGCGGCGGCAGCGGCGGCUCACGGAGGAAUGUACGCAGGCGGGGGAGGUGGAUCAUCGCUAUCUCAUAGCCCCCUGGUCUACGGCUUCCCACCCACCCCGCCCAAAGACCCAUCACCGCAUCACCAUCAGCAGCAGCACCAGCAGCAUCAGCAGCAGCAUCAGCAGCAGGGCCUCCACGUGGCGGCGGCGAGACGCGCGGACGAGUGCAAAGAUUCGGAGGCGCUCAAACUGGAGUUGAACCCGGGUCACAGGAGCACCCAUCAUCACCAUCCCAUCGCCACGUACGCGGCGGCUUACCAUCAUCACCACCCUCACCAUCCUCACCAUCACCCCCACCAUCACCACGCGCACCACCCGCUGGGAGAGGGCGCCCCCUCGCCGCACGGGGCCCUGGCCGCCCCCGCUCCCCUCUUCCACCCCGCGGACAUCUACGGGGGGCCCGGAUCGAGUUUCAUCCCCAAAUCAAGAAGCAAGAGCCGAUCGGCCACGGAGGGCCGUGAGUGUGUGAACUGCGGCGCGACCUCGACGCCGCUCUGGCGCAGGGACGGCACGGGCCACUACCUCUGCAACGCGUGCGGCCUCUACCACAAGAUGAACGGGCAGAACCGGCCGCUCAUCAAACCCAAGCGGCGCCUGUCUGCCGCCAGGCGGUCCGGGACUGCUUGCGCCAACUGCCUGACGAGCACCACCACGCUGUGGAGACGGAACGCGCACGGGGACCCCGUGUGCAACGCGUGUGGACUCUACUUCAAACUCCACAACGUGAACCGACCACUCACCAUGAAGAAAGAAGGAAUUCAAACACGAAAUCGCAAGAUGUCCAGCAAGAGCAAAAAGAUGAGGAGGAGUGGCGCUGACGGAGCCCUCAGUGACCCCGAAGAUCUGAUGAUCAAGAACUACCAUCACCAUCAGCAGCAACAGCAACUCCAUCACCACCACCAGCACCACCACCAUCAUCAUCAGCAGCAACAGCAGCAGCAGCAGCAACAGCAGCUUCUCCAGCAUCAUCAACAUCAUCAGCAAUCAUCUCCACCACCACCAGCAUCAUCACCAGCAUCAGCAGCAGCAUCAUCAGCAGCAGCAGCAGAUGGACAAAACAUUGCCCGUGGGUUGGGAUGUCUCACCUGGGAGUGGGACACCUGGACACGGCGAUGCACGGACAACCUGGGCCACCUUGGGCAGCUGGGACAGCUGUCUCCGUUCGGUUCCCCCGUGGCUCACGCCCACGCGGGCCUACCCUUCGUGUCGCCACACCACGCCGGCAUGAUCACGGCCAUGGGGUAGCGGUGGAGAAGACCGUAAGGGAGUACGUCUGUGUGUUUGCCUGUCUGUGUGUGUGUCCGUGUCUUUCUCUGUCUAUCGACCUUUGUUUGUGUAUCUGUCAUUGUGUGUCCGUAUGUCGGUAUGUGUCUGUUCAUCUUGUUCGUCUGCGUCUGUCCGUUUGCAUGCCUGCCCCUACGUCAGUGCAUCUGUCAGUCUGCGUGUUUCUCUGCGCAUGUUUCUGUCUGUUUGUACGUCUAUCAGUCUGUGUGUAAAUCCAUCUGUGUGUCAAUCCAUCUGUGUGUCAAUCCAUCUGUCGGCCUCAAUGUCUGUCUGUCUGUACAUAAGUCUCUGCGUGCGUUUGUACAUCUGUGUGUCUUGGGCCGCUUUCUUCCGAAAGGAAAGUAACUCCUUCACCACCUUCUUCACCACAUCACCAUGACACUCCCAUCACACGACCACCAGAGCCUGCAACAUCACCAUCACACCGCCAUCACGGCGUGCAACAUCACUACCGCUCUUCCAUCACACCGCCAUCAGACUGCACGCACAAAUGCAUCGGCACAUUCGAGCUGCAUUGUGUUCGCUCCGCUGUGUGUAUCCCUCGAGGCGAGCCAACUCGUCCUAUGUGCCGGGUCAAUCUUCCCAAUCGCCCCCCCCCCUUAUUUCUUGUCCCCCCUUAUCCCUGUCCCCCUAACCCUGCCCCCCCCUUAUC